AUGUGGAACAGAGCUGAAGGUCCGGUUCAGCUUCUUUAUAAGGCAGAAUUCUUGGUCCAAUCAUUAUGCAAGCAAGGAUUUGGGUGGGAUGAAGAGUUACCAGAGAAGAUCAAGAAAGAAUGGAGAGUAAUCCAAGAACCAUGGAAUAAAGGAGAAAAGUACUCCAUAUCUAGGAAAUUAGAUGUUUCUCUAGGAGAAGACGAUAUCGAGUUGCACGCAUUUGUCGACGUCUUGAAAGAGGCCUGUAUUUCACGGCUAAGUGACAAAUCUUAA